CAGUCUGGUGUUUAAAUCAAGAACAUUGCUGUAUUUAGACGACACGAUAUCUGAUUCAUAGCAAUUAAUAUUGAAUAUUUUAAAAGACCGAUUUGUUGGGGGAUCUCCAAUACAGCCUGACUGCCUGUGCCUAAAAAUAACGAUAGCAUUAGUACAGAUUUAUAAUUAUAGGAAUCAUAAAUACUGGACUUCGGGAGUGAGUGAUAGUUUCAAGGUUAUUCAUAAAUGCGUGAGACAGCGUGUUGUUUAUUUUACUAGGAUGAUAAGAUAAAUGUAAACGCUUCUCCCCAGGUGCAACUGAACACAACAUGGCUUCCGUCGUGUGUCCCCAAAACCAAAACCAAUGGAAAGAACGAUCAAAACAUUGUGUUUCCAACGAGCAGAGUUACCAUUGUGUACGGGACGAAUACGGAAAUUAUGUCGAUGCAUGUGUGGGACCGAUAUGGAUUCAACCAGGGAACUGUCCCGUCUUUAACAGUGAAGAGCACCGUUUGGAAUCUGUCGUCUGCCAGUCAUCCGAGGGCACGUGCCCCAAUGGCAUGUACAAAUCUAAUCAAGUCUUCAACUACUCUGCUUGUACAAUGAAUUCCCAACAAAGGCCAACGUCCAUUGCUGAUUCUGUUGCCAUGAACAACCAAUCCACAACGACCGUGCCAAGGUCUUUGGAAGAGUCCACUUCCUGUGGACCAGCGUGUAUGGGCAUAGCUGUUGCAGUGCCUAUAGUGGUCAUCUUACUGGUGGUUGCUGUCGUGUUCUUUAUUAUCAGGAGGAGGGCGGCAUCUAGGGGUGAAAAUAAGGAAAGUCUCCCAAGAAUUUUCCAAAGACUCACCAAAGAUAAAAAGCAGGAAGACACCCACAUUCAGCUAGAAAAUGAGGAACAAGGGAAGAAACUUUUGGAGAACAAACUAGGCGAGCCAGACAUGAUCAAGCCAGAUGACAACAAUCCGUUCUCCGAUGAUAUGAUGGAUGAGGACAUCGAGGAGAACACUCCAUGGAACCACUUCCUCAAAAGCUUAAAUUUGAAAGUGGAUAAACUGUAUAAGCCCCCGGGUGCUGAAAAUCUCGGUACCCGCCUACGAUCUCUGGAGGCGUUGUCCAUUGUUGGCAAAUGGGGCAGUGGCAAAACGACCCUGGCUAAGCAAGCCAUUCUGGACUGUGCGCUGAACUUCGUCAGCAGCACCUGCACAUUUACCACAGUGCACAACAUUUCAGACUGGAAGAAAGGUCUCCAUGACAACUGUACCUGCUUUAUAUACCUCCAGGACUGUAUCAAGGAAUGGUACUCACCAGGCCACGUGGAAGAACUAGCUAAAGGUUUGACUGAUCUGUUCAUUAAUGCUCGUGGGAAAUGCUUUGUGAUUCUCAGCGUAAGGGACACUGUGUGGGAGAAAUAUGAACAUGUCUUAUCACAAUGUGAUAUAUUAAAAGACACUAGACGGCACCUCAUGCAAGACAAGGAGAUUCUGUCUUCCAAAGACUACAGGGAAAUGUUGCACAAACAACUUCAAGCAAACAAUGCCAAGGUAGACAUGUCUGAAAAUAUACCUGUUGAUGACAAAUGUAAGGAGGCUGCUCUUAGUUCUAGGAAAGUGGAACUUCUUGUUGCCAAAGAAAAAGGUGUCUUAGGAUUACCAGAAAUGAUAGCGCUCUCGUGUAAGAAUCGGCGGAUUCUAGUAAAUGUUGAAAGAUUUUGCGCAGAACCAUUUAGUGUAAUAAAAGAGGACUUGAAACAAAUGUCGGAAUCGCCAAAGGUUUCUGAGAAAUACAAAUUCGUGGUGUUAUCCUACGCCAUGAUUCACAAUGGCAGCUUCAGUCUGAGUACGUUGAACCAACACUUACUGAGGUCCAUUAGAACAAUCUUCGCUGUGUUUAGUCCACCGGAUGACUACUUUGAGGAAGCUGCAGAAAAACUCUUGGACGAUUACUUAGAAUUGAGUGUAGACAAAGAGACAUACUACAUCCAACACGAAAUCAUCAGUAGAAUUAUUUUUGAAAUUAUAGCUGAAAGUAGGAUGGAAUUCCUCAUUCAGAAUUGCGAUUCCAAGCUCCUUUUCAACUGUAUUCGACCGGCGACGUUUUCCUUUACGUCUAUAUUCGGUAAACUGAAUAAAGAGCUCGUUGUGGGAAUAGAGCCCUCCCAACAUCAGGCUUUGUGUGCUAGAUUCAAAGAACCUGAAAAUGGAUGUGAAAGCGAAGUUCGCAAACAUGUAAUCAUGGAAGACGCGGGAUUUCAACGACUCAUGAUGUCAUAGACACUGGAUUCCACUAGCCAAAUUAUUCUAAUAUUGUAUUGCUACAGUUUAUUACUUGUAUUUUUUAAUUUCUCAUAUUUAUGCUUUUUCAACAUGUAUAUUAUGUAAGGAAUUAAAUCAAAUAACGCUAAAUAUUUUUGAGUUAUAAUUAGUUUUGAGAAAUGAACCAACUUAUUUGUUCUGGGGAAAAUGCAUCACCGUUAGCAGUUAAUUUUAUUUAGAAAACGAACGUUUUUAUUAACUCUGAUAUUUACUUAAAUAUGCUUAUUUUAUUGUAAGAAAUAUUAGAAUAAGUUGUCAAUGGAACAGCAUAUAUUGAUUUUCGUAUAAUGCAAUAUUCCAAUGUUCCAAUUUAUAUCUCGUAAACUUUCACAGCUUUAAAAAAGGAGUGAUUUGAUGGGACUGAUAUUUGAAAUUGUAUGUUAUAUGUGGUCAUUAUAUCAGCUUGGUGUAGUUACUAAUUUUCAUUUACAUUAAAGUUCGUUAUUUCGGAC